UCUAUGAUAGGGCUAUAUUUAAAAAAGAUAGUGGGAACCAUUUAUUCUACUGUGGUGUUGCUGCUCUGAUGGUGUGACGGCUAGAAGACAGAUCUUAAAUAUCAACACUUUAUUUAUCAGCCUACAUCCAGCUCAGAGGGAGGAGGCAGAGAGUAAUGUUUCCUGGCUUGCUCUGGUUUGUUCUCACCAAUGGCUGAAUAUGGUGGCUCCAGAAUGGCUGUGGGUGAGGUCCUGGUACAUGUGAGGAUCACUGUCCCCAUUCUUUGGCUGAGGGGGUUUCUGCUCCUUUAUGGAUGGUCCCAUAUUGGAUACUCCUAUCGCCAUGGUCCCCCAGAAGUGGUGAUUCCUUUGAGGAUGACAGGCACUGGCAGUGUCAAGAAGCCUCCAGGCUGGAUCUCUUACUGUCUGCAUCUUGGAGGCCAGAGACAUGUUUUCCAUAUGAAGGUCAAGAAGCUUUUGCUGUCCAAAAACUUCCCAGUGUUCACAUACACAGACCAGGGUGCUCUUUUUGAAGACCAGCCAUUUGUCCAGAAAGAUUGCUAUUACCAUGGUUACGUGGAGGGGCAUCCGGAUUCAUUGGUUUCUCUGAGUACCUGUUUUGGGAACUUUCAAGGAAUAUUACAGAUAAAUCACAUCGUUUAUGAGAUUUUGCCCAAAAGCCUUUCUACCACAUUUGAACAUCUGGUAUUUAAGAUAUAUGAUGAGGAGAAACAAUUCCCACUCAUGAGGUGUGGGUUGACAGAUGAAAAAAUAGUACAACAAAUGAAGUUUCAAGAAAGCAAUAAUUCUACUUUGAAAAGUGGAUAUGGAGGUCUGUGGACACACAAGAGAUUUGUUGAAAUGGCAGUGGUGGUAGACUACCAUCGAUACGCUUAUCGUGAAUAUAAUGUCACAGCUGUGGAACUGGAAGUGAUUACAACUAUGAACCAUGUAAAUACCUUCUAUCAACCCUUAAAUACUGAUGUGAGUUUAGUUGGAAUAGAGGUCUGGACUAAAGGAAACCCUGUGGAAAUAAAGAACAUGGGUGUACUCAUGAAUUUAUUUUGUGCCUGGAAGGAAAAAGGCUUUAACAUCCGUGUGCCCCACGAUGCUGCCCAUGUUUUUGUAAAAAGAGGAUAUGGUACAUUUGGUAUAUCUUAUGUCAGAUCAAUAUGUAACUACAAUACUAAUUGUGCAGUGGAUACCUUCACAAGUGAUGAUUUGGGGUUUUUUGCAUUCAUUGUGUCACAUGAGCUUGGUCAUUCUCUGGGUAUGGGGCAUGAUGAGGAAACAUGUAAAUGUGCAGACAAUGGGUGCAUAAUGUAUGCAGCACAGCCAUGGUCAACCAAAUUCAGCAAUUGCAGUUAUGCUCAAUAUUGGCACACCUCUGCAGGAUCCAGAUGUAUCUUCUACCCACCCACUCCAGAGAGAAGCUUCAAGUUUACACGCUGUGGGAAUGGCAUGGUUGAAGGAGAAGAAGAGUGUGACUGUGGCUCCUUAAACUUGUGUACAAAAGAUCCAUGCUGUCAGUUAGACUGUACUCUGAGUCCUGGGGCUACUUGUGCUUUUGGGCUUUGUUGCAAAGACUGCAAAUUCAUGCCAUCAGGUGCUUUAUGUAGAGAACAGGCAAAUCAAUGUGAUCUUCCCGAGUGGUGCAAUGGGACAUCCUAUCAAUGCCCAGAAGAUGUGUAUGUGCAAGAUGGAAUCGAAUGCCCAGGGGGUGGCUACUGCUAUGAAAAGAGAUGCAAUAUCCGUGAUGAACUGUGUAGCAAAAUUUUUGGCCCAAAUGCCAAGAGUGCAAGUCAGAUUUGCUACAGUACAGUGAAUAUUCAAGGAGACCGUUUUGGUAACUGUGGUCUCAAGGGCCAUCAAUUUACAAAAUGUAACACCUCAGAUACCCUGUGUGGGAGGGUGCAGUGUAAGGAUGUGGCAAAAAUCCCCACUCUGAGAGACCAUUCUACUCUGCAUUGGCUUCACCUCAACGAUAAUGUCUGUUGGGGUAUAGACUUCCAUCAUGGGAUGCCCUUGCCUGAUCUUGGUGAAGUGAAAGAUGGUACAGAGUGUGGUAAAGACCAUAUCUGUGUCCAAAGGAAGUGUAUCCCUUUGGCAUAUUUGAAAACCAGUUGUUCGCCCGAGACCUGCAGUAGGAAUGGGAUCUGCAACAAUAGACAUCACUGCCAUUGUGGCAAUGAGUGGAACCCCCCUGACUGCCAGGUAAGAGGCACAGGAGGCAGUGUUGACAGUGGUCCACCCCCAACAAGAAAUAAGACUGGAGUGUCACAGAAGCAGGAGCAGAAGACUUAUCAGUUAUUAUUUUGGUUGAUGCCUUUUUUGGCUUUAUUAUGUUGUUUGUUAAUUUCGUUUUUUAUGAGAAGGAAGAACAAGGAUAAGAAAGAAGAGCAGAAUGUUCCACAUGCACCCAAUGCACAGCAGAAUGAGCCACCUGUAACUAAUCAAGAUGUGAGUGAUCCACCUGCACCUGAGAAUGAAAACUAAAAAGUUAUGAUUUCCAAAAGGAAACCCAACCCAAAUGAAUUUGCCCAUUUGAUAAAUUUUAGUCCCCUGGCAGGAAAAAUGUUACAGCUUAUACCACAGAUCACUGACAGAAAAUCCCUGAGAUUUUUUUUUAUCACUUGGGAUCAUACACACUAGCCAUUGAACAAUAAGCAAAAUAUACUAAU